UGCAUACCUACUGGUAUUAAUUGUCUAUAAUUACUCUAACUACAUUGGUUUAGGCUGCCAUUUCAUUUGUACCUUUCACAAUACUAUGAAGUCCUUGCUCGCAAUAGUUUUCUUGGGGUUGGCUGCUAUCGCCUCAGUCAGUGCAUUGGAAAACGGACCUCGAUGGAAGUUCCCUAAGUUCAUCUGUUCUUUGACCUGGGGUUUGAACGUGUACAAUCCCGUCCACUACGUCGUUCCACAGUUCCUCUUCAAUUUUGGAUGGAACAAAAUCUAUUGCCCUCUCUACCUCAAGCCGAUGAUGAGAAGGUGUGACAAAGUAGGUCCCUUCGUCGUCGAUCAGGUGAAACACACUAAAACGUACACUUUGCAAAUGAAAAAAUCACCAGACGAAACCACUAAACUAAGUUGUCUUGAUAAAGCGCCCCCUCAGUAACCCUAGGAUGGACCUCAGCAUUGAGGAUUCAGGAUUGUAAUAUCUUCUUGAUUGUUUCAUAAUGUCAUUGAUAAAUACCUUUAAAAUGA